AUGGAAGAAGCGGGAAAACCUCAACGUCAUUUGAUGGUCGCAGCCAGAGCACCGAGGGAGUCUCAAGUGUUGUGGGAAGAGAACCAAACAUGCUCGGAGAAAACGGACCUGGCCAUGGUUAGCCCAUUGUACAAUGUUGAUGGUGCAGAGGGUGAGGGUGGAACCUCACAUGAUCAAAAUCAAUCAGCUGCCGAGUUGAGCAGAAAGCAGGGCCGAGUGGCAAGCAAAUUUGAGCUGAUCGGCAGAUUUCCGCGGAUUGGCGGUUGGCAUGAACCUGGAAACCCAACAAGCGUCAGCAAAAGCUGGUAA